AACAGAUAGCAAUGAAGGCAGCAUCAGUUCCUGGUCAAAGGAUACAUCGUCUGUUGAAGCCAGUUUGAUGCAUUUUCUGUUUUGCUAUUUCCUUGACGGCGCUUUUGUGAAAGUUAUUCCCCGGGCCAUGACACUUCACCACAGUUUCCGGAGAUGAUUUGGGAAUAUUUGGGCGCGGCUCGUCGACUCGGACACCCAGCGGGCCCCACCAGAAAGUGAGCGACAUGGACAACUCUGUCACCCUGUGGCAGUUUCUCCUGCAGCUCCUCCUGGACUCCAGCAACCAGCAGCUGAUCCGAUGGACCAACGAGGAGGGAGAGUUCAAGCUGCUGCAGGCGGAGGAGGUGGCCCGGCUGUGGGGAGCCCGCAAGAACAAGCCCAACAUGAACUACGACAAACUCAGCCGGGCCCUCAGAUACUACUACGACAAGAACAUCAUCAAGAAGGUAAACGGUCAGAAGUUUGUCUACCGCUUCGUGUCCUAUCCUGACAUCCUGAAAGGAGAGCCGGCUCGGUCAGAGGACACGCCAACAGCCAAGAGGCCAGACGGCAGCCUGCAGGAGGCGGAGCUCGCCGACAGAUCCAGGGUGGCGGCAGCAGCAGCAGCAGCUCUGGGCGCCAGCAGCAAGCAGUCCAACCGCAACGACUACAUCCACUCGGGCCUGUACACCUCCUUCCACCUCAACUCCCUGCAGAACAGGCCCCAGCUCUUCAAGUCCAUUAAAAUGGAGAACCCGGCAGAGAAGAUGGAGAAGAGGCUGCUUGCUGUCACCUCGCAGGGACAGGAGUGUCAGCCGCUGCAGCAACAGUCUCCACCUCUGUCGUCAGUCAUCAAGUUUGGAAACAGCCCCCCGAAGCCGGCGCCGCUUCCUCCUCAGGUUGCCACAGAACCCGGCUUGAUGCCCAACAGCUCAGAUCCUUUGCAAGCGCCGCCUCCAAGGGACGAAGACGCCGCCACACACUCCUCCCUGCAGCACCAGCCCGUCUACUCCUUCGAAAGCAGCCGCCAGUCGGAACCGGCCUUCGGCUUGGCGGACAUGAGCUCUGCCAGCGCGUCCCCGAACCUCGUGCAGGAUUCCUCAGAGGAGCUGGUGAUCCUGAGCGACAUGGAGGUGAACUCCUCCCAGCCUGAAGAUCCCACAGAACAGGACAAGGUGGAUGGCGGCGGCGCUCAGCCCGGAGACGAGAUCAACUUGGUGGACGCGGAGACCAGCUCGUCGUCGGCGAGCAGCAGCACCGCAGCCAGCAAUCAGAGCUCCGGGAAGACGCGCAAGCCUCCCAGAGUCCUGCAGAUCAGCCCGCCUACUCUGCUGGUCACCGCCUCGGACUUCUCCCCCAUGAACAACUGCAGCCCGUCGCUCCCCACCCCCUCUCUCACGCCCGCCAUGCUGCAGACUCCAACCAUCCUGCUGACUCCCAGCCCUCUGCUGUCCAACAUCCACUUCUGGAGCACACUUAGUCCGGUCGCCCCUCUCAGUCCGGCCACGCGGCGUCAGGGAGGCCACCUAUUCCAGUUCCCCUCCGUCCUCAACACCCAGUUCCAGAUCCCGAUCCACAGUCUGGAUGGAACCAACACGCCCGGUCCCAUUUCUCCAGACGUUCAGAAAACAUAGAAGUCCCACCUCCCCUGAAAUGCAAAACAAGCCGCCAUCGCCCCCCUCACCGCCUUACCUGGUGCCCCCACAUCCUGGACAUUGUUGUGGGACCCUGUUCUCCAUCAUUCCCUCAUCCGUGUGGUGCUUUGACUUGCACACUACACCCACGAGAGCGCCCCGACAGGGCGUGAGAAAACAGGCGAGGGUUAGGCGCCUAAACCCUCAGGAUGUAUCUCUGUGUCACGUCUGCACGCCCAGGUAACAACCAUCCUUACAGACUAGCAGAGCCAGAAAGGGUUUCCAUGACAACAGUGUGUGGACUGGAUCAGAGCAGCCACAUAUGCCGUGAUGGAUCGAGGAGAUCGCUCUCAACCCGGGUCUUUGUGUGUGUGUUUUUUAUUUUUUCCUAAGCUGCUCUCCCCUCUACUGACUGAUAUUCUGUUGUAACUCAGCUUUGUUUAGAGGAAAGCUUUAACCUCCCAACAUGCGGCUCUUUCUCAACCCAAACUUAUCCAGACCUGCCUGAGCUGCUGUCUAAUCCCACCUGAAUCCGAGUGAUGCCUCCACGUUUUAGCUGCAGGAGAAAUAUAAGCAGCGUAGAAAAGUCCUAAAAGCCACUGUGGCCUGUCCCGCCCUCAACCUCCAUACUGUAAGCUGUCAUGAAGAAAGAAAAGCCAUAAACCCUCGCUGUGCGCCGAUAAUGCAAGCAACCCCACCAAACCAAACCUCUGCCUGUUUUUUUAAGAGGAAACCCAAAGACCAGGGGCCAGAAAGACUCAGGCACCAAAGUGACAGCUGUGUUCAGUGCAGACUUUCCCUUCAGUGGGAAUUUAUCUGUUAAAGAUAACGGUUUUCACAGAGCCCUGGACAUGACAGUCUAAAAAGUAU